CCACGAAAUGUGAGCGUAACCUCAACAUUCUUAGGUGCCUUGCUGGAGUUUGGUGGGGAGCACAUCCCGUUUCACUAAAACUUGCUUAUAAUGGUCUUAUAAGGAGUGUCAUUGAUUAUGGAACUUUUUUGUUAGCUCCAGGAAGUUCAUUUGCUUUUAAGAAAUUGGAUUUAAUUCAAUCAAAGGCCUUGAGGAUUAUCUCUGGAGCAAUGAAAUCAAGUCCAAUCAAUGCUUUACAGCUCGAAGUCGGUGAUCCACCUUUAGUUUUAAGAAGGCAAUAUUUAUCUGAUCGCUUCUUUUUUCGUUGUUUACAAUUAUCUGAUCAUCCGCUUAUUCAAAAGUUAUCUCAACUAUAUAUCUUUAUUUCGUCUUCAUCUUAUUGGAAACAUAAAAAACCUCCAUGUUUAAUACAAAGUUAUGAAAAAUAUAAAUCCAUAGAAUCUCCCACUUUUACAUCGUCCUGUUUUCCCAUUUAUAAAUGCUCAUAUCAAUCUUUAGUUUUAUCUCCUAAUAUUAAAUAUGAUUUUGGGUUAUCAAAAAAUGAUUCAGAAUUGAAUGCCAAAUUUAUGUUUAUAACUGACAUUGAAUGGAAUGAAUGGCACUACAUCUUUACUGAUGCAUCAAAACCAGACAAUAGCGGUUGUGUAGGUGUGGGUGUGUUUCAUUCACAAUUUAAUAUCGUUCAAAAAAUUAAACUUCCACCGGAAUCUUCAGUUUUUACCGGGGAAUGUUAUGGUAUUUUAAAAGCUGUAGAAUAUAUACUUUUAAUGAAAUUACAUAAGGCAAUAGUUUUCACUGACUCUAUGAGCUCUUUGCAAGCUCUAGCCAAAUAUCCGUUUAAAUCAAAACCAGUUUAUCCCAUUAUUUGUGACAUAAGACAAAGUCUUUAUCUUUGCAUGUUGAGAGGGUAUUCCGUUUCUUUUGCCUGGUUACCAGGACACAGUGGUAUUAGCGGCAAUGACAAAGCUGACCUUAUUGCAAGAGAGGCUGUAACUUGUGGUGAUAUGUAUCCGUAUCAUAAUUACUGUAGUGACCUAGCUUGUCUCCCAAAAAUAUAUUUAAGCUUGGAAAGACCGCAACAACUAUUAUAACUCGUAUGCGUCUAGGUCACGUAUGCACACCUUCUCAUUUAUACAAGCUUGGUAUUGUACAAAGUUCGUCGUGUAAUUGCGGUGCUGAAGUGGCGGACUUGAAUCAUAUAUUCUUCUCAUGUUCUAAAUUUGACCAUACCUCCCUUUUUAAUCAUCUCCGAUCCAUCCGUGUUCCAUUCCCAACUUCUAUUCUUACUCUACUUUCUUCCAAUGAUCCUAUUAUCUAUAAAAUACUAUCUUCAUAUAUAUAUGAUAACAAUAUUAAGAUUUAGUUAUAUUACAUGAAUACAUUUAUAGUUGCAUCAAUUGCUUUUCCUAUAUAUUUAUAAGUAUAUUCUCAUAUGUACAAGUAUAUCCUUCAUAUCCUAUAAAUAUCCUAGACCUAAUCCUUAUCCUUUCUAAAUUCGUUUGUGUUAGGUAUUUUUAUUACUAUUAUCGUUUCCCCGUUUUGUUCUUGGCAAAAUACCCUAAUAUCGGGGUGAACGCCACAAAAGAAGAAAAAAA